AUGACUCAAGAAUGCCCAGAGGAGAAUCAUGAAUCUCCUGGAGUAGCCAAAACAAAUCUAGGAAGCCCCUAUUCAAAGAACAAUAACAACAAUAAAGAACAAGAUCGUUUUCUUCCAAUUGCUAAUGUCGGAAGAAUUAUGAAAAAGGUUCUUCCCAGUAAUGGUAAGAUCUCAAAAGAUGCCAAAGAAACCGUUCAAGUAUGUGUAUCAGAGUUCAUCAGUUUUGUUACUGGUGAAGCUUCUGAUAAGUGUCAAAGAGAGAAGAGGAAAACCAUCAAUGGAGAUGACAUCAUUUGGGCAAUUACAACUCUUGGAUUUGAAGACUAUGUGACUCCGUUAAAGGUCUAUCUAAACAAAUACCGAGAAACCGAAGGAGAAAAAGCCAGUAGCCCAAACCAAAGACAACAGCAACAAGCACAACAUAAUCAUCAUAUCCAGUACCAAGAGCAAGACCAUAACAACAUUUCAUGUACUAGUUACAUCUCUCAUCAUCCUCCUUCUCCAUUCUUUUCCGCUGAUCAUCAACCUAUUCCAAAUCUCCCUUUCUCACCUGAAUUAUUGCAGAAACAGUUCCCACAGCAGAAUGAUAACACUGAUUCCAUUGGACAGUGGUCAGUAUGA